GGACAAUCGAGGUACAAAGCUUUUGAGUUGUUUUGGAAGCAAAAAAAAAAAAAAAAAAACGUUUUGCGAAUGCAUCGUGAACAUAGCUGCGCCGCUGCAAACCAGUAUUCACAUGGCACACGUAUGCGACGUACGACCGGUGCUAUUGUUAGGCCAUCUGCGCCAUCACUGGAGUAAUUUGGAAGCCUUUCCUUGCUUUUAACGUGUCUCCGAAGCUCUUACCUGCACCCUAAGCUCGUCAUGAAACGUCUGUGCACAAUGGUUAUGCUCGUUUGUUCUGCCCUUUUAUUUGUCGUAUGUUUAAACCACGUGGAAAGCUUCAAAUUUCUAUCCUUCAAGAAAAAAAAGGCUUAUAAUAUACGAAAGUUUUUAAAUACAGAGGAGCCCAUUUGGACUUAUAACACGAGCAAACGGGUCAAUGUUUGGUGCGAAGUCGGCGUGAAGAAUAGUGUCACCGACGGUUCAAUAUUUUUCACACGAUCAUCUUACGACCGCAAGGGAAUGACAUCUGCCGUCCUGGAGGGGAAAUUUGACCGGGACCGAAAGAAGCACAUUGAUAUUAGCAGUCCAGAUGGUGUGUACACGUUGCAGGAGGACAUAGUUUACAUGAGUGACGAUCGUGGCUGUGCUGUGAUCAUUGUGACGUCAUCAUUCGACGGACAGCAAGAAUCCUUCGAUCUCCGGGUCAGGAAUUCCUCUCUUACAUCGGGCAUCACUGAAAAAUGCAAGCACAAGUUCAGCAAGCGAGUAUCUGAAGGACAAAUUAUUUACAAACCGAAGUGCCAGCGCAUACUGGAUAGAGCCCAGGUGGUCGUAGGUAAAACCGAACAGACUCCGACUCCUGCGAAUGUCCCUUCAUAGACUCGUCUUCUCCGUUUGCGCUUCCAAGUAGCCAAGUGGAAAUCUGCUAUGGUGAAACUUUAUGUUCUUGCCUUGCCUUUCUUAAUUUCUGUCUCUCUCCCUGACUUCUGUUAGAGCAAAGCCUGAGUAGACCUUGUAUUUCGUUUUCGAUAUAUUGACUCUGCGACACAAGUUGCUCAAAAUUAAAUAAAGAAU